AUGGCCGUAAAGGGAUCUAUCGUUGAAAUGGUAAGACAUAAUGCUAUUUUGUGGUUUCGAUUAAUUGAGAGAGUUUUUAGGAGAUGUUUUAAAGUGAUCGUAAAGAGAUCUUCUAAAAAAAAGAAAAAUAUAAAGAACGGUACGAAUGGUCACAGUUAUUACUUCGACCAACAGAUACAGGAAGUCCACCCAACAGAAGAUACCAAUUGUUGUGGUAAAGUAAAGAAAAUCGCUAAAGAUCAUUGUACAGUUACUACCUUAAAGAACAGAUUACCAAUUUUAAAAUGGCUCCCAACGUACGGAAUUACAGAUAUUCAGAGUGAUGUUAUAGCUGGAUUAACAGUAGGGCUGACUGUUAUACCUCAAGGUUUAGCUUAUGCUAAAGUUGCUGGUCUGCCGCCGCAGUAUGGGUUAUAUUCGGCGUUUAUGGGAUGUUUUGUGUACUGUUUUCUGGGAACCAGUAAAGAUAUAACACUAGGACCAACAGCUAUUAUGUCUUUAAUGACUGGAACAUUUGCACAUUCUCAAGUAGAAGGAGAUGCAACGUAUGCUAUUAUACUGACUUUAAUGUGUGGUGUUGUUCAAUUAGUUAUGGGAAUGUUGAAUUUAGGUAUAAUCGUUAAUUUUAUUUCUUAUCCCGUCAUCAACGCCUUCACAUCCGCAGCUGCCAUCACCAUUGCAUUUAGCCAAGUCAAGCAUGUUCUCGGCUUACGGCAUAUUCCUCGAGAAUUUCUAGAAAUGGUUUAUGAAAUAUUUGCCAAAAUAGAAGAAACAAGGCUCUGGGAUAUGACUUUAGGAUUAACCUGCAUCGUUCUUCUUUUUCUUAUUAAAAAAUUACGGACUAUCAAAUGGAAAGAAUUGCGACCAGAAGAAUUAAAGUUAUAUAUUAAAAUAUGGCGAAAGUUUAUUUGGCUUUUUGCAACAGGAGCGAAUGCAGUAAUAGUGAUAUCAUCAGCUGGAGUAGCAGCAAUUUUAAUUCAUUUUGGUGUCAAAGAUAAACUCACAUUAACAGGAGAAUUAAAAGCUGGGUUACCUCCCUUUAGAGUUCCAGAUUUUACUCUGAACGUUGGUAAUGUUACCGAAUCUACUUCCACAAUAUUUGCAAAUAUAGGAGCUGGUUUUGGUAUCGUACCAUUAUUAGGUUUAAUAGAAACAAUUGCAAUUGGUAAAGCAUUCGGAGUUGCCAAUAUUAUAAGUUGUUUCUGUUCCUCAUAUCCAGUUACUGGCAGUUUCUCCAGAACUGCGGUAAAUUCACAAAGUGGUGUUCGUACUCCAGCCUCAGGGAUUGUUACAGGUGGUUUGGUAUUGUUAUCUCUGUAUGUCUUAACCCCAUUAUUUUACUAUAUACCAAACGCUGCAUUGGCAGCUGUUAUCAUAUCAGCUGUCUUACAGAUGAUAGAUUAUAAAAUAAUACUUAUAUUGUGGAGGGCCAAUAAAUUAGAUUUAGCUAUUCUCAUAAUCACAUUUUUGUCAUCACUGGGAAUUGGCAUAGAGUAUGGUAUAUUAGUUGGCGUUGGUAUUUCAGUAUUAUCUGUUUUAUAUCCAUUGGCCAGACCACGGGUUGCUUUUACAUCCCAGGAUGGUUUCAUCAUUUGUACACCAGAUCAAGGCAUGAAAUUUCCCUCAGCAGAAUAUAUCAGUGAAAAAAUUGUAGACAGGGCACAUUCUGGCACCAACAACAGAUCUGUUAUAUUUGAUUUUCGUCAUAUAUCUAGUAUAGAUUAUAGUGCUGUUAUGAGUUUAAGAGAGUUAAUCAGCGAUUUAAAAAGAUUUAACUUGAAAGUAGCCAUUAGUAAUGUCCAGCCUAAGGUUUCCCGUGACUUUGAUAAAGCAGCAAUAGAAGAAUUCCAGAUUUUUUCAAAUAUUGAUAUAGCUUCACAAAAAUUGAGUUUUAAAGAAAAAGAAAAGGAAACAGAAUUAGAAUUAAAAGAUAUAUCAGUUAUUCAUCUGUGAGUUUUUAUAAACGACUUAAUUAAUAAUGGUUACCAAAAAUAUUUGGAGGUGACUCCACAAAACCAUGUGUUAAGUUGAACAACAUAGUGAAAGAAGAUUGUUCAUGAUUAUCACUAUAUAAAUGAUCUGAAAUACGCGCCUUUUGAUUUGAUCGGUAUUUAUAAAACGUGUUCCAAGAUUAAUUUGUAGAGCAAGUAUUAUUAGAGUACUAAAAGUCCUAUUGGAUAUGAUUAUAUUAUGAUACUGUUACUAAGUAACAAUAUCCUGAUUAUGCAAGGGAUUAAAAGGAGACGAUCACAAUUUUGAUAUAAUAUGUUAUCAGUUUGUUUAACAUAC